AUGGCCGGGCCGCCCGCCGCGCUCGUUCCGGGCGCCGUCGCGCCCGUCCUUUCGUCGAAAAGCUUUCGCCGCAAAGCCGCGCCCGACAACUUUGAGCCAUUGGCGUUUGGCGUCCUCGCGCAAUCGAAUCCCGUCCGCCGCGCCUGCAUCGCGGUCGUGACGCACAAAUACAUGCCCCGGGUCACGCUCCUCUUCGUCCUCAUCAACUCGAUUGCGAUGGGUUUUGUCGACUACUCGGACCCGUGGGCCAACGGCAGCGCGCCCACGAACGGCCCGACGCUGCGCGUGAACCGCGCGGUUCAGAUGAUUGAGCUCGUGACGCUGGCCUACUUCAUGCUCGAGAUGGCGUUCAAGUGCAUCGCCCACGGAGUCUUGGGCCCGCGCGGGUAUGUGGCCAACCCCUGGAACAAGCUCGACGGUCUCAUUGUCGCCUCGGGCAUUGUGUCGUUGCUCUUCUCCGAGGCCAAGACGACGAUAACCGGCAUUCGAUUUCUGCGCAUUUUGCGGCCGCUGCGCACGGUGCGGUCGGUCCCGAGCCUCAAGGUGCUUGUGAACGCGCUCCUCUCAGCGCUGCCCGCGCAGCUCAACAUUUCCAUCCUCCUCGCGUUCUCGUACCUUGUGUUUGCCAUCAUCGGCGUCCAGAUCUGGUGCGGCGAGUCCCACUUCCGCUGCCGCCUCACGCCGCACCCGAUCGCGCUACCCUUUGACCCGAGCGCGACGCCAUCGCUCGAAGCGUACUUGAACGCAACGUACAUCAAGCUCGCCGUGAAGAACCCAAGUGCGUAUGCCUGCAACCGCAUCGACGUCGAGAACGACAACUGGACGACGCCGGAAGCAUGUUUCUGGCCGCUCAACCCCAAUGACAAGCAGUACUGCGGCAGCCGCAUGUGCGCCCCAGGGACGUUCUGCGGCUCCAACUACGACACGCGCGGCCACGCGCGGUUCCACGACCUGUACGCAUCGAAUGGCGCGCUGGUGUUUUCCAUCAUGACGGAACCGGACUUUGUGGUCGCCUUGAACUUUGGCCUCACGCACUUUGACUCGGUCGGGAGCGCACUCAUCAUCAUCAUGCAAACCGUGACGGCCUCGGGUUGGAUGCUCCUGACGGAAAACACGCAAGACGCCUACUCAUGGAUCGGUGCCGGCAUCUACUUUAACGUCGUGCUCUUUGUGGGCAUGUGCUUUUUACUGCAAAUCAACAUGGCGAUCAUGGUCUCGGCGUUCGAGAAGGCGUGCGACGCCCAGGCCGCCCAGCUCCGCCUCGAGUACGUGAACCUCCUGCCUCGUCAUUCGCGUUCCAACCGCCGAAUGCAUGCAGGAAGGACGAAGCCGACGCGCGGGAGCUCUCAAUCGUCCGACGGCGUGUGUGGUAGGUUGGUGCAGACGCUGGUGCCGCUGCAGCACCGGCUCCACCAGUCGUUCCGGCACCCGCGCGUCCGCAGUGCGCGCAGCCGUGUCCAAGCUGUCUACAACUACCGCGGCUACUAUAUGUUCAACAUGGUCAUGACGCUCCUUAACGUCAUUGCACUCGCGACGACGCACUAUCAGAUGAGCUACAGCUUUGCCUUUGGCGUGGAACUCGUCGAGUUUGUGUGUCUUCUCUGGUUCGUCCUGGACCUCGUCUUGCGCCUCCUCGCGUUCGGGCCCGGUCCAUAUUUCAAGGAGCUCUUCAACUGGCUCGACGCCACGUCGAUCCUUCUCGGGGUGAUCGACUAUUGCGUCAACAAGCCCGGGUUCAUUGACGGCACGAUCUCGCCGUCGUCGCCCUUCACCGCGCUCCGAGCGCUGCGGGUGCUACGCCUCGCGCAGGCGUGGGGGCCGCUUCGGCGACUGCUUCUGGCGACGACAAGUGCCAUGGGCGAAAUCGUCCACUUCCUCGUGUUCUUGGCGCUGUUUGUGUACAUCUUCGCCCUCAUGGGCAUGGAUUUGUUCGCGACCAAGUUUUACUUUGACGGCAACAACCGCCCGCUGCCGGCGGCGAAGGCGUCCUUGCUGAAUCUGCACCGGUCCAACUUUGACACGCUCCCAAACGCGCUCUUUACGGUGUUUCAGAUCCUCACGUACGACGACUGGCCCAACGUCAUGUACGACGGCUGGCUCAGCAUCGGACCGCUCGCGCCACUCUACUUUGUCUCGAUCAUCGUCCUCGGCGUCUGGGUCGUCAUGAACAUGUUCUCGGCCAUCACCGUCUCCUGCGUCAUGAACCAAGUCGACGAUGACGAUGCGCAUCCGGUCAAAGAACUCCGGGCGAUCUACGACGAGUCGCACGUCCAGCAGCAGAGUCACCGCCAUCUCAUGCAGAUGCGGUACGUCCAGCGCUCUGUCAAGCGUCUCGAGCCCGCGAUCCAGCGCGCCAACAGCGAUCGCCGCCACGUGCUCUCGGUGCGCUUUCCGCUCCGCUCGACCUGCCUCCAGAUUGUGAGCUCGUCUUUCUGGGAGCGCGCAACCGGGCUGGUGAUUGCGUGUGCGACGGUCACCACCGCCCUCGAUACGCCGCUUCUGGACGCGUCCGACGGACUUGGUUGGGUCCUCAUCACUGCGAACCGCGUGUACGCUGCGCUCUUUGCCAUUGAAAUGGCGAUCACGCUACUUGCGAUCGGCGUCGUCGACUACAUCAAAGACCCGUGGAAGGCACUCGAUGGCACAAUCGUCUUGUCGUCGCUGGCGCUUUGGAGCACGUCCGCGACCAACGUCAACGUCGGUGGCAUCCGAGCCCUGCGUACGCUGCGCGCGCUGCGACCCCUCCGCGUCAUUAGCCAACUACCGCAGCUCAAGGUCGUUGUCAACACGCUCUUCCGGUGCAUUCCGGAAAUUGCCAAGUCGCUUCUCUUCUUCGUCUAUAUGCUCAUGCUUUUUGGCAUCGCGUGCGUCCACUUCUUCAAGGGCUCGCUCAACUCGUGCUCGAUCGGGCCGUACGUCUAUCUCGAGAACGCCACGUACAAGCCCGUACCGCCGUGGUUCCCGCCAACGUACGUUGGCAACUACAGCCGCAGCGACCUGGAGCGCUUCGAUGUCAUGACAUUUCCACGCACCUGGCGCGACAUGGACCCGGCCUCCCAAGCGCAUCUCGAGCCCAUCUGGCAAGCGCAGUGUCACUUCUCGCACGACAAGGCACCGACGUCCAGAGACGUCUGUCUCUGCUUCAGCACCGUGGUUGCGCCGUCGCUCAACAUGACGUGGAGUGCGCCCGUGCCGCAAAAUUUUGACAACCUCCUACGUGCGAUGGGCUCGCUGUACGAGCUCACGACGUUUGAGGGCUGGACCGCGGUCGCGCUGGCGUCGGUCGAUGCGCGCGGCGAAGACAUGCAGCCAAUUCCUCAUGCGCAGCCGCAAUUUGCGCUCUUUUGGGUCAUUUUCAUGAUUUUUGGCGCGUUUUUCAUGCCCAACCUCUUCAUCGGCGUCUUGUGCGACAGCUUUAUCCGCGAAAAGUACGGUGGUUUUGUCACGGACGAGCAGAUCAACUGGAUCAACCUCCAGCGACGGCUCGUCGCCUUCUCGCCCAUCGUGCAGUACCCGAUGCCACGCAAUUGCUUUCGACGUCUCUGCUAUCGCAUUGCGGGCUACAGGUACUUUGAGCACGUCAUGACCGGCUGCAUUCUCUUGAACAUGGCCGUCAUGACAACGACGUACUUUGGCCAGCCCGAGGUGCUUGGGGAUUCGAUCGACGGCAUCAACAAUGCGUUUGCAGUGCUCUUCUUCACCGAAGCGCUCACCAAGAUUGCGGCGAUUGGCCCGCACGUCUACUUUAAGCAUGGCUGGAACCGGUUCGACUUUAUCAUUGUGCUCACAUCCCUCGUAUCGCUCCUCCUACCGUUGGUGACGGUCAAGUCCAAGCUCGGCGCGGGCAUGGCCACGGUGCUCCGCGUCUUCCGCGCCGGCCGCGCGCUCCGGCUCAUCCAAAAAGCCAAGCUCAUGAAGAGCCUCUUCGACACCAUCACUGUCUCACUACCGGCCGUCGCCAACGUCACAGCCCUCCUCAUGCUGCUCUACUACAUCUUUGCCGCAGUCGGCGUUCAGCUCUUCGCCAAAGUCGCGUACGGCCCGAUCAUGGUCAACCCGCACCAGAAUUUUCAAAAUUUCUGGCUCGCGCUCCAGACGCUCAUUGGAUUCUCGACCGGUGAGAACUGGAACAACUACCUCUGGGAACUCUACCACAUUUCACCGCCAAGCAACCCCGAAUGCAUGGAGCCUGCGUUCAACGCGUCCGUCUGUGGCUUUGGUGACGCAAUCGACUGCGUCCCGCUGGACGGCUGCGGCACGUGGCUCGUCAUUCCGUUCUUCUACAUUUUCAUGAUGGUCGUCGGCUACAUUGGGCUCAACCUCUUCUCGAGCAUUCUCGUCGACGCGGUGGCUGACGCCGACGCCACGACAGCGUCGGCGGUCGAAGACCUUCCGGAACUCGCGCGGCUCUGGUCCAAGUACGACCCCGGAGGUGUCGGGCUCUUGCACGUCGACGAUCUCUGUCGCGUGCUGCGGAGCCUCCCACCCCCACUGGGCUUCCACGGCCUGCCGCAGUACACACUGCUGCGUGUUCAGCACGUUCUCGGCACACUGGGCAUCGCCAUCUUUGACAGUAAAUUUGUGCAUUUUCGGGAUGUUCCCCGCGCCCUCGUGAUUCGGUCCAUGAGCGAGGGCGACCCGGUGCGCUUCCGGCAAAUGAGUUUGCUCAUGGACCAAAUGGGUAUCACGAAGGCCUUCCACGACCACUGGGCAAGACGCUUCAAGGCCAUGCAUAGCAGCAUCGUCAAGUGCGUCGACGUCAAGCCCAUUGCGCAGCAUGUGGCCGCACGCAUCAUUCUGCGCUGGCUCAUGCACAAGGUCGGUGCGCGCCGGCUCCAGCGCCAGCGCGCCCUCUCCGAGCUCCCGCCACCCGAAAUGUCCUCGUCAAUGUAGCCACCGUAUUCACUGCA